AUGGAGCACGCGGGCCUCGACCGGCAGAUCACCAACGAUUCAUCUCGAUCCCCAGACAUGGUCGGGUGGCACCUGAAGUUGGUCCCACCCAUGACCGAAACGAGCACUGCAUCCUGGAUUUGCCAUCGAGGUGGGCCAGAAAUCACAUUCGGUAAACAUGAAAGGAAGAAGGUUCCCAAACAUCAUCUCAACCCCAACGGAAAUGCCCGAGGAGUUGCGAAACUUGUCCUUUACUUCAAAGACUCUUCGGGGAAACCCGUCGUGUUGGCAGGGUCAGGAUGGCUCGUGGACGAGCACACCGUCGCCACUGCGGGCCAUUGUGUCUUGCACAAGCUCCAUGGUCGUCUGAUGGACGUAGAUGUCAUGGCGGGAUACGAGACCGACAGCCGUGAACUACGACGGGGGAAGCAUGUUGUGGUCAACUGGGGAUGGUAUAGGUCGUACAUGCCCAGGUACGACCUCGCCUUCAUCCGACUGGACGCGCCCUUUGAGGAGCAUACCCGUGCGAUUCCGUACGUCGAGUCUCCGGCGCGAGGCGAAGACAUGACCAUAAGCGUCUACGGGUACCCAUCAGACAUGGGCGACGGCAAGCGCAUGCAUUACAGCGAGUGCAUGAUCCGGUCGUAUGACUUGGCCAGGUCGGGAUGGAUGCUCGAGUACGACCUCGACACGGCUGGAGGAAAUUCUGGCGGGCCAGUCUUUUGGCACCAUGGCGAUGGCAAGAGAACGGCCAUUGGCGUCCAUUGGGGUUCGGGCCUGACGAAGGACUCUCGCGGGCAGGAGGUCUUGACCAACAAAGCCGUCAUCAUCGGCCGAGAGGCAAACAGGGUCGAGGCCUUUGUCCGCGUGCUGAGCCAUAUGGCAGGGCACGAUGAUGCUAGCGUCAACGCUGUGUCCAUGGCCUUGGACGAGGAAGGGGAGUGCCAACGGUAUACCCUUGGCGUCAAGAUGGUUCUGUCGAGCUGGCUGUCCAGCCUCGGGCAGCGAGGCAUUGUGGCCGAUGUCGUCGACCUGUGGCACACGCAUCGCACGCCUCUAAUUCUCUGCGCCCUCUUCGUCCUCCUCGCGAUCCGAGUCUACAUUCACGUCUGCGACUACGAGCAGGACGUGGCUCCGAUUCCACGAGUGUACGAUGAAAAGGCACCACCCGCGGCCUUGGCUCCGACCAGGAGCGUGGCAGAGAAGCCUGUUGCGAAACCCUCCGGACCCAGGAGAAUAAAGGGCGGCGUUGUCAAGAAGCCGUCGCAGGAAAAGCAUGAUGCAGUCGAUCUGACGCGCCCGGUCAAGAUCAUGGCCUUCUUUUCGUCCGUCACCACCAAGACGGAAACGAUUGCCAUGGCGUACCUCGCGUCAGUAGAGACGGCCGUCGAGAAGCUCACUCAGAAGACGGGCCGCCCCUUUCUCAAGCCAGAGCUACAUGAUCUGGCCGGAAUCGACUUUGAAGACUUCUUUGUCUCGCCUCCAAAGUCUGCAGAGGCCGCGACCUACUUCUACGUCUUCCUCAUCCCGAGCUACAACAUUGACACCAUUAACGACACGCUGCUUCAGCACCUGGAGGAGACCCAUCACGACUUCAGAAUCGACACGGCGCCCCUAUCGCCUCUGAUGGGAUACUCUGUGUUUGGGUUCGGAGACAAGGAAGGGUGGCCGGACGAGGCUGAGGGCUUCUGCUUUCAGGCCAAGGAGCUGGACAAGUGGAUGUCCAAACUGACCGGCCGGAAGCGCGCAUACCCAGUCGGCAUGGGCGACAUGAAGGGCGAUCACGGAGUGCGAUUUGCCGAAUGGUCUAGCGGCCUGGAGGAGGUUCUGGAACAUGUCGCGCGAACGGGCAACUUGGGCGAAGGCGUCCGUGGCAGCGGGGACCCCAUCGAGAGCGACGACGAGGACAUUGCCGGCGAGGAUGACGGCGAGGUUGUCUUUGAUGACGAGGAGGCUGGCGAUGAGCAAUCUUCGCGGGCGCUGGACGAUGUCGAGGACUUGGGCAAGAUGAUUCGCACAAGCGGCACCUCCACCGGCAAUUCCUCGAAGAAGGCACCGCUCGCGGUAGACUUUACCUCCUACGGCUCUUCCACAAAGAAGAAGGCGCCCCAGGCCCCCGUGGUCAAAGAAAUGGUCGCCAAGAACUCGCCAACAUACGCGGCCCUGACGAAGCAGGGAUACGCAAUCGUUGGUUCACACUCUGGCGUCAAGAUCUGCAGAUGGACCAAGUCCGCCUUGCGAGGGCGCGGGAGCUGCUACAAGUACUCCCUGUACGGCAUCAACUCGCACCAGUGCAUGGAGACGACGCCGUCUCUGUCGUGCUCCAACAAGUGCGUCUUUUGCUGGAGACACGGCACCAAUCCCGUGGGCACAACCUGGCGGUGGGUGGUCGACCCGCCCGAGAUGAUCUUUGAGGGCGUCAAGGAGAACCACUACAAAAAGAUCAAGAUGAUGCGUGGCGUACCGGGAGUCCGAGCCGAGCGAUACGCAGAGGCGCUGAGGAUACGGCACUGCGCCUUGUCGCUGGUCGGCGAGCCCAUCUUUUACCCGCACAUCAACGAGUUCCUCGCCAUGCUGCACGCCGAGCGCAUCUCGUCCUUCCUCGUCUGCAACGCGCAGCACCCAGACCAGCUCGCGGCGCUCAAGGCCGUCACGCAGCUGUACGUGUCCAUCGACGCGUCCAACAAGGACUCGCUCCGCAAGAUCGACCGUCCCCUCCACCGUGACUUCUGGGAGCGCUUCCAGCGGUGCCUGGACAUCCUCCGCGAGAAGCGCUUCCGCCACCGCACCGUCUUCCGUCUGACGCUCGUCAAGGGCUUCAACGUCGAGGACGAGGCCGAGGGGUACGCCCAGCUCGUGGAGCGCGGCCUGCCGUGCUUCGUCGAGAUCAAGGGCGUCACGUACUGCGGCACGUCCACCUCCUCCAACGCGGGGCUGAGCAUGUCCAACGUGCCCUUCUAUUGGGAGGUGUGCGACUUUGUCCGGGCGCUGGAGAAGAGGCUAAAGGCGAAGGGGCUUGCGUACGGCAUCGCUGCCGAGCACGCGCACAGCUGCUGCAUCCUGCUGGCGAGCGAGCGCUUCAGGGUCGACGGCCGCUGGCACACGCACAUCGACUACAAGCGCUUCUUCGAGCUGCUCGAGGAGCGCGGCGCCGACGGCGACUGGACGCCCGAGGACUACAUGGGCGAGCCGACGCCCGAGUGGGCGCUCUGGGGCAACGGCGGGUUCGACCCGCGGGACGACCGCGUGGACAGGAAGGGGCGCAAGAUUGAGAACGUCGUCGUUCGGGAACAGCCCCCGGAGCAGGUCUGGUAG